CAUCACAGGGUUGUUUUGGAGGAAGUUAAAGCAGAUCCCGAAAGAGAAAAAGAAACGAGCCGUCAGUUAACAGAGGGGUAGCAACGGUUACAACACCCGUAUCGGUAUCCCCCAUUCCGGAUUAAUUCACCUUUACACUGAUCAAAACGACUCAAUCUCCCACCGCGAAAGGGACUGAAGUUAUUUUUGUUUGGCAUCAUAAACACCAGUCUCGUGAAAGGACACGAUAGCAUUUUAGCUUACAGGCUAAAGCAUUAGCACAAAUACAGACUGAUAUUCGCUACAUCUUCUCCUUUAUAAACCAGCUGUGACACUAUGACAUCAAGGAAGAAAGUUCUUCUCAAGGUGAUCAUCCUUGGAGACUCCGGGGUUGGGAAGACAUCUCUGAUGAACCAGUAUGUGAAUAAGAAGUUCAGUAAUCAGUAUAAAGCAACCAUAGGAGCAGAUUUCCUGACGAAAGAAGUGAUGGUCGAUGACCGACUUGUAACAAUGCAGAUAUGGGACACGGCAGGUCAAGAGAGGUUCCAGUCUCUGGGUGUGGCUUUUUACCGCGGUGCCGACUGCUGUGUGCUGGUGUUCGACGUCACUGCACCCAACACCUUUAAGACGCUGGACAGCUGGAGGGACGAGUUUCUCAUCCAGGCCAGUCCACGCGACCCAGAAAACUUUCCCUUUGUGGUGUUGGGAAACAAAAUUGAUUUGGAGAAUAGGCAGGUAACAACCAAGCGAGCACAGGCUUGGUGCCAGAGUAAGAACAACAUCCCAUACUUUGAGACCAGUGCAAAGGAAGCCAUCAAUGUAGAGCAGGCUUUCCAGACCAUUGCACGCAACGCACUUAAACAGGAAACUGAAGUGGAGUUAUACAACGAGUUCCCCGAGCCAAUCAAACUAGACCGGAACGAUAGAGCCAAACCAUCAGCAGAGACUUGUAGCUGCUAAGGAUCUCAAGGGGUGCAACAUUUCACCCUCAUUCUCUCUGGCCUUGCGUCUGCCUCACUCCCUCCCUCCCUUUCUCUCUCUCUCUCGAGUUGUUUUCUCACUCCCCUCUAUUCUUCAUCUCUUCCCUGCUCUUUACCCAAUAUAAUCACUGGCCUUUGUAGACUUCUUGUCAUUCAGUAUCCUGCACAGUUUACAUUCACAGCCACAUACACCCACAAGAUCAAGAGGUUAAAUCUCUCUCCCAAAAAUGUAAUCAAGAAGACAUUUUCCAGUCCCAACACCUCUCGUUGGUUCGUAUAAGAGAAUCGCAUAAGUCCUACUGAAACACUUGAAUGGCUCUGGGGAUUUUUUUUAUAUGAUCCAGUCUCGCAGUGUAAUAGAAAUGUGUGUGACAUGAGGGCUGAAAACAAAGGUGUAUCAGAGCAUUAAAGCUGUACUACCAGACAUUCUGAGCUGCUUCAUCAUUCUGCUCAAAAUAAAGUGUUGGCCUGACAGAAAGCAUACGCUACAUGCUAUAAAUUCCAAAAAUGAAUUCCUCGGUUUGCAAGGAUGAACUAUCGGCUGAGCUUAGUUAUGAAGCACUGGAGUCCAACACUGCCCUCCAAUGUUACAUCUGAGAUCUUUAUCAAAAUAAUCCAGUCUUAAAAACAUAAACAUGAAUAACUUCUGACAUGUUAUAGGUGAUGGUGAAUUCAGAUGAAUAUGACUCUCUUCUCGCUACGAUUUAAGCUAUAUUGACUAUCCAUGUAGUCCUCCUGUCAACAUGACCGAAUCGGUGCGAGUCUGUCAUGAACAAAUUGUGGCAUAGGCCAUAACCCAUCUGUUGUGUUUUUUUUAUCCAUAUCUUGCCUGGAAUCUACCAGUAGGUCAGUAUGGUAGAGAAUUUAAGUGCUCAGUAUCACUAAAACCUUUUUCCUGUCUCUUUGUUCAUUAUAAUUGUAAUUAUUAUUAUAUUAUUAUUAUUAUCUGCAUUGCAUAUUCAAAUAAACACAACUAGACAACAAUGAGGUAAAACUGAAUUAUUCAUUCAUGACGUGUAAUGAAACAAAAUGCACAGCAUAUACAUUGUUCAAGAUAAAUGUAUUUCAAAGUAAUAAUGGAAAUAAAAUAAGUUGUUAAAUAA